AUGUGGAAGAAACCUUUGUUCUUGUCUCAGAGCCAGUUAUUGGGAACUUCUUGUCACCUUGCAUUCCUCACUGGUUGGGGUGCGGUCAUCGGUGGCUACCCUGCUCAUUAUCUGUGGAGUGGUUGCCAUCUCAGUUGGCACAUCAAUUGCUUGGAGAUGCUGUCUGUGUUUCGAACACUGAAACGCUUUCUCUACAUGGGAGAUCCUUGUCAGGAGGGACCUCCUUUCACAAGCAGAGGGCAUGAUAUUCCACCCCGCCCGAAGUUGGAACAACUCGUAACAUUCGGUCUCUCAACCGAGGUUGUUGAAACCAUCCUCCAAUCUAGAGCUCCCUCUACAAGGAAGCUGUACACCUUGAAGUGGAAGCUUUCACUUCUUGGUGCAGAGACCACCAGCUCAACCCCUACUGGUGGCCAGUCAUUGGGCAGACAUGCCCUAGCUACAUGUUUCCUCAGCAGUGCACUGAGGCUGAGGCCCCCAGUAAGAACUCGUGUUCCCCAGUUGGACCUGGCCGUGGUGCUAGAAGCACUUUAUUUCUACAGGGCCAGACUCUUUAGAGGGAAAAAGCUGAAUGGAGAUUAUGAUAUUAAAGUUGAACAGGCUGAGUUUGGUGACAUCAGUGUCGUGGCUCAUGCUAAUGGAUCAUGUAAUGUGGCUGUACAGGUUUUGCAGAAUGAAAACAAAGUUUUCAGGUCAUUUAAGCCUGACUUUGUCCUGAUCCGACAGCAUGCUUACAGCAUGACAGAGAAUGAGGAUUUCCGCAACUUAAUCAUUGGACUGCAGUACGCCGGCAUUCCCAGCAUCAACUCCCUGGAGUCCAUUUACAACCUCUGUGACAAACCCUGGGCAUUUGCAUGUCUGAUCAGCACAUGCAAGAAACUUGGACAGGAGAAAUUCCCAUUAAUUGAACAGACAUUCUAUCCCAAUUAUAAAGAAAUGGUGACUAUGCCAGCAUUUCCUGUUGUCGUGAAAAUUGGGCACGCUCACUCUGGUGUGGGGAAGGUGAAAGUGGAGAACCCCACAAAGUUUCAGGACAUAGCGGGUGUGGUGGCUAUCACUCAGACCUACAGCACAUCUGAACCUUUCAUCGAAGCCAAAUAUGACAUCAGGAUUCAGAAAAUAGGAAAUGAUUACAAAGCUUACAUGAGGACGUCAGUCUCAGGUAACUGGAAGUCCAACACUGGCACUGCCAUGGUGGAGCAGGUGGCGAUGACAGACAGUUAUAAGCUUUGGGUUGACACCUGCAGUGAAAUCUUUGGAGGCCUUGAAAUUUGUGCAGUUAAAGCUAUUCAUGGAAAAGAUGGAAAAGAUUACAUUACUGAGGUAAUGGGUUCAUCUAUGCCAUUAGUGGGAGACCAUCAAGCCGAGGACCAGCAGCUGAUAGCAGACAUGGUCAUUGCCAAAUUGAAUCAUGUUACAGCACAAAAUCCCAAAAGACCAACAGCUAUUCAACCAAGAAAGAAUGCUGUUGUGGUUGAAGUAAAUCACGACCCACCACAGAAAGCUCCUCCACAAGGCUGUUUGCAGUACAUUCUUGACUGCAAUGGUGUUGCUGUGGGUCCAAAAUUAGUGCAGGCAAACUAAUACAACCAUGAAAGCUCUAAGCAUUUAAACUCCCGACAGGUUGUGUUCAAACAUUCGGACAGUGACCUGAGGUGUAAGGGAACAAAUAAUCUGAAUGAAAAGUCUUAAUUUGGGCCUGAUCGGUAUUUCAGGCUAUGCUGUGUAACUUUCACUGUUCUGCGCUUGUGAUGGUUGCUUUGUUUCUAUGUGAAGCGGUUGUCUCUUCAGGGUCGUUGUGUGGUAAUACAGCAGAUCGUGCCUAGUGUUCAGUGCCACUCUUUCCCAUGUACUUUUUUCUUGUUUUAUGUCUUGUGUUAUGUUUCAGUUAAUGGUGUUCAAAGAGUUAUAGUGUGUGUGUGUGUACCUGGUAUUCCCUAUGGUAAAGGGGAGCAGAAGUCACCACAAGGAUAGUAAUACCAGUAAAUUUUGACCUUGUGGGGACAAUUUAUUUUUUAUUUUUAAUCUUUAUUUUUGGUUUCCAUGAGGAAAUAAACUUAUAAAUCAAACAGAAUGAAGUUUUUUGAAAAAAAUGCAAAACGUUUUCUGUGAGGGGAAGGUUUGGGCUAAGGGGAUAGAAAAUAGUUUGUACAGUAUAAAACCAUUACACCUAUGAAAUGACCCCAUAAAACAUGGAAACCAGUGUGUGUGUGUGUGUGUGUGUGUGUGUGAAUGGUUGUAUUUAUAUAUAUGAAAGUAUGGAGGCUAUAAAAUAUAAGUGAACAUUUUAAUUGCAUGAUCAAAUGUGUGUGUCAUUGUGUGCUGAAAGGUAAUGUGUGUAUUUUAUUUUAUGACAUCACUGUUGAAGUAAUAGAUAUCAUACUUUAUGUACUUCUAGUAUUGUAAAUGUGUUACAAAAUAUGGUGAAAUGUGUUUGCUACAAUGGAUGAAAACUCAAUAAUCAACAUCAAUAAUGUUUUGUUCUUGUUACCAAUACUAUUGCAGAAAUGUAAUUAAAUAUAAAGCAAUAAAAUUAAAACUCUGAACAAACACAGAGUACUCCUAAACACUGAUUUGUAGAAAUGUAUAAAUGACACAUAAUUCACAAGGUAAAUGUUUUUUUAACAACUAGUCGGUGAAAUGGCAUGCAUAAAUGUAAGACAAUGUUGAUUUUCAACCUUAAGAGGUCAAAAUAAAAUUAAGUGUUUCAAUAAGGUAUAUGUUGAACGUCACCUGACCAAACCCAGGAAAUAAU